AUGAGUCACGUGCCCAACAUCCUGCCCCUCGCCGUCAUCAUUCCGCCUUUGGUUCUGUUUCUCGCUUACAAGGGUGUUUCAGUGUGUGAGGAGGCAGUGGAAUCUGCCGUGAGGAGCAGCUGGCACAACUCAUCACCAUCGCAGCCAUCCUUGGGCGGACAUCCAUCCCCCAGAUCUGGCAAGCAUGAAGAAUUGGGCAGCCCACCGCUACUCAGAAGCAAGGAGAAGCAUCUCACUCUUCCUGCCGGGUGUUUCAGCCGCAUUCGGUUUGGCCUUCGCGAUCUUUGCUAGCCUGCUUGUUGUGCUCUUCGUCUCCGGAGCUUACGGGCCUCCCUUGUCGUUCCUCUCCGGCAUACACCGGGACAGAAUACCGCGGCAGCAGCAACAACCGCCGGAGAACGGUCAGUUCAUCUCCUCCCUCUCCCCUCUCGUCAUCUCUCCUGACAAUAGAAAGAACAGCAAUACCACCGGCAUCCUCCUCGCUGACCUGUGACCGUAGAAAUCCUUCCCUCUCCCCCCCAGUCGGUUCUCUGCACCUGGAAUCAUACUCGACACGCGUCUCUGCCGAUCCGCCGCCUGCCGUGAAUCUCGAAGGGAUCCAAAUGGCGUGGCGGCGCUUCGCCGUCGGAUUUAGAGGAACUGGGAAUCCGAUCGGGAGUGGCCGUCGCCAUCGCGCCUACGCCCAAUCGGAGGCCUCUCUAUUCCAAGACCUCCCACGUGGAUCAAUUGAAACUGUGGUUCAAGUCGCUCCUGACUGGACCAUCUCCAGCGGCCGAUUUUUCCCUGCGGGGGAUGGUUUCGUCGAAUAUCUCACGAUAUCUAUGAGCCUGAAUGCUUGCGUCUUUCUUCGUUGCAUCUGGUAGGAAGAGAUCAAUCUCUGGAGACGCGCGCUACCACAUCAUCCGGCGGAAGACUCGAAGAGAGGCCCGCGAUUUUCGUAAGUCUUUGCCUCCCGCCCUACACCCUCUCAAAUGCUUCAUCGAGUGACAUACCAGGUUACUGAUAGCAGAAUAGGAAGAACAGGAAACUGGCAGAUGAGGAAGACGAAGCGAAGAACUUAGAAAAAAAAGGGAGGGAAGGCCGCAUGUUUUUCAGCUUGCUCAGCCCAUCACACCCAUGAGACGCAAAUCUUAGUACCGUGGAUAGUUUGAGGGAUAAGCUACAAUCCUUGUCACCAGGUAACUAAUGAUAUCUAAUAUACAUAUUCUCGUUCUGUAACAGGCUGCUGCGUCGCCACCUCCCCCCGAUGUGCUCCCCUCGAAAGCCGAGCUUCUGAACGGUACAGCGGAGGGCUCGUCGCCCGUAGCCGCAGGACAUUUCUCCGGUACUGCGCUUAUGCCGCCAACAUUCGCCAUGAGGCCACCCUCAGAAGUUGAGCUCGGCAAGGCCCAAAUCACCGCCUCCUUCCCCAAGUCGGAUUCGAAUGGAGCUGAAGACCAGCUGCUUGAUGAACUGCUCGCCUCCAGCGUGCACGACCGCUCUUGCCUGAGCAGGUACCGAUCGGCGCCAUACCGCCGGGAGUCGCCCUACAAGCCAUCUGCCGACCUGGUGAAGAGCCUCCGGAGAUACGAAGCUCUGCACAAGAGCUGCGGACCUCAAACAGAGGCCUUUGAGAAAUCCAUGCUCCUGCUGAAGAACCCCCAUGGCGGCCCCUCGCGGUGCAAGUACUUGGUGUGGACUCCUGAGAAUGGGCUGGGGAACCGGAUGUUAAGCCUGGCGUCUACCUUCCUCUAUGCUCUGCUUUCGGACCGGGUGCUGCUAAUUGACAGAGGAAAAGACCUCGACAGCCUCUUCUGCGAGCCAUUCCCAGGCAGCUCCUGGUUGCUCCCUCCGGACUUCCCUCUGAAAUUUCGUGCCGUCUUCAACAAGACGGACCCCCAUAGAUUUGGAAACAUUCUGAGGAGCAGAAGCAUCAGCGAUGAUGUUCCCCAGCCGGCGAUGGUCUAUGCCCACCUGUCCCAUGACUACGACGACCAGGACAAGCGCUUCUACUGCGAGGCGGACCAGAAGCUCCUCCACCAGGUCCCCUGGAUGGUGCUGAGAUCGGACCAAUACUUUGUGCCGGCUCUCUUUCUCCUCCCGUCGUUCGAGCGGCGACUGCACCAGCUGUUUCCCCAGAAGGAGGUGAUCUUCCACCACCUGGGCAGGUACCUCUUCCACCCUAGCAACCCUGUGUGGGAUCUGAUCAUCUCCUACUUCGAAGCUAAUCUCGCCGGAGCGACGGAGACCUUGGGCAUACAGCUCCGGAUCUACGGCUCAGAAAAUCCGAUAAUCAAGCUCGUCACACGCCAGAUCCUCAACUGUACUUGGGGAGAGAAGCUAUUGCCCCUCCCCGUUGCCCACAACUCCACCGGGAUUCCCUCCCAGAAGACUGUAUCAGUUCUCCUCACGUCUCUCCACUCCGAAUUCCUCGGUAGACUGGAGAACGUCUACCGGGGUUUUUCCCUGGGCAUCAGCUUCCACCAGCCGAGCCACGAGGAGCGGCAGCAGACGGGGAGGGAGGCGCACGACGCGAAGGCCCUGGCGGAGAUUUUUCUUCUCAGCACUGCCGAUACGCUAGUAACCAGCGCGUGGUCGACGUUCGGGUACGUCGCUCAGGGGCUUGGGGGGCUGACCCCGUGGAUCCUGCGGGGGCCGGUGCACGCCGCCGUGCCGCAGCCCGCGUGUGUCCGAGCGACGUCCAUGGAGCCCUGCUUCCAUUUCCCCCCCAACUACGACUGCGCAGCAGGAGGGUUCCUUGAGACGACAACGGUCCUCCCAUACACGACCCAGUGCAGAGACAGAAUUUCGGGGUUGCAAAUGGUAGAUGGAGGAUCAACAUGA